AUGAAGUUCUUCUCUGCUCUUACCUCCGCCCUGGCCUUCACCACGGCCAUGGCUGCGCCAUUCGCCGCAAACCCGGCACCCGAGACAAACGCCCUCUCGGAGCGCGCCGGCGGUGGCAUCCAAAACACGGGCAUCACCGUCUUCCAUUCGCAUGAGGCAAUCGGGAAUGGGCGUUUCCGCACCCGCUUCAGGAUGUUCGGCUUCCUGCAAGCCACCCAGGGCAUGCUGAACGUGCUCACGGAGAAGAUGGAGGUGACGGGUGACACGUCGCAGCCACUCGAGCGUGCUUCUGUCAUUGCCCAAUCCUUCUUUGCCCACUUCGUAUCCUGGAUGGACUCGACGUUCCCGUUCCGCAAGUUUGCUUCGAUGCGCGCUCUCUUCAAUACGGGAGCCACCGGAAACGCUGCGUGGGAAGGCACCAUCGGCGCUCAAUUCGAGAUGAGCUCCAACGAAGCUUCGUACAACAAAAUGAUCGAGGCUCUGAGGAGCUACCUGACCGUGAGGGGCAGUGACCCUGUUCAAGUGACAUUUGAGACCGUCGCAGAUGCAUUUGCUGUCGGUAGCCCUGUCGAGUACGAUUUGCCAGCUAAGCUCAAGAGGUCUGCCAACGUCUGCUCAAGCACUACCUCCAUUAUGAGUCUGUUCCAGGAGAGGGUACCUGAUGUGGCGACCUACUUUGGAGCCACCUGCUAG